GUAAGGCAAACAACUGUCAAUGCCAAAAUAUUAUCCUAUCUGUGCUAUUCCUCCAUUUCUGAGGAGAGGCGGUCGUUGUUUUUCUUGGGUCAUUUUUCUGCUUAUUUAAGUGUUUUCAAUCGACUUUUUAUUCGCAAUGAAUACAUUUAUAUUGCUUAUUUGUGUAGAAAAUGCAUAGUUAAUUAAUAUUAGGUAUCGUAUUUUAAAAUAAAUACAAUGCCUCCAAUAAACUCUAAGGGGAAGAGUAGCGGCGCAGAGUACGAGAACAUCAUAGCCAAGAAAUGCACAGCAUUGGACUUUGAGAGCUAUAUUCAAGAAAACAAGACUCUGCUUCUGAAUGAUCCUCUUAGAGACAUUCUUUUAUACCCCUCUGAUGAUGUUUCUAGUGUGGUCCUCCCACGCCGCUGGCGAACAGUUACAACAGCGGUGCCUGACGUGAGGACUGCCUCCACUUGCCCUCUGCUCACUCGACAGGCCUUGCUCAGCUAUGCUUCCAGUUGGAAUCUUAUACACUUCAAGUAUAAUAGUUAUUCUGGCACAUAUCUCAAUUUACCCAGACCAAUAGAUAACAAAUUAAUAGAAGAAAUAUACGACAUAGACGCUGAAACGGAAAGCGACAAUGAAGCUCAAGCAGCCAAAGUGGACAUUGGCACCAAAGAAGGCUAUCUGCUCAAAGGACCCGAAAUCGGCUCCGACAGAAUAUUCAGCAAUCUUGCUUCGAAAUCAUUCAAAAAACGCUAUUGCUCAAUGGUCAGAGAAGCCGAUGGUGCUUACAUUCUCGAGGUAUAUAAGGAUGAAAAGAAAACCGACACGAAGCUUACUAUCGUCAUGGAUUUUUGCUCCGAUGUUGUCAAAAACCCGAAGCGUGGACGCCACUGUUUCGAGCUACGUAUGUCCGGAGGAAAAGGUUACACAUUUUCGGCCGAUAAUGAGGAGGAAAUGAAUGAGUGGAUAACCGCAUUUAAUGCGGCUUUGAAGAAGAACCAGGACUGCCCAGAAAUCAACCAGGAUGAGGCAUUAGACAAAGAUGCAGAUGUCUCACUGACAGCAGAACCGCCACCUCCGACCUACGGAACGCUGAAAGGCCUCGAGCACAGCAUGAACCCGCUCCUGAUGCGGUACUCCAGAGAGACGGACAUGUCCAUAGCGGCGGCGCGCAACGAGUGCCGCGCUAACAUAUUCAGCAUGCCGUAUAAAAGGACGCCCUCGCCUGAACCACAGCUGGAACCAUUCAAAGAACACUUCGGCCAAAAAAUACUGCUCAAAUGCGAAAGCUUAAAAUUUAGGUUACAAGCGCCAAUAGAUGGCGAUAAAGAGCUCUUAUGCCAAGUAGAACCUUACUUCACCUACCUCGCGCUAUACGACGCAAGGAGCGGCAAGAAGUUAACGGAGAACUUCCAUUUUGACCUGAACCACGCGGCGGUGAAGGAUCUAGUCAAGGACGUCGAGGAUACCCACUCGCUGGUCGAGAAUUUUAGCUACGACGUCAAGUUAGAUGUUAAAUUGAUCCCUGAGGAAUGGUUUAAGUCAAAGAGACAGGCCCUAUUGUCAAUAAACAAUCCCCACCCAGACCUAUUCUUAGUAGUGAAAAUUGACAAAAUCCUGCAAGGUCAUGUCAGUCAAGUUCUGGAGCCCUACCUCAAAGCCACCAAGGACCCUCGCCUGGGACUUAAAGUCCACAAAACCGUGCAGUCGUACGCCCAUCGUGUUGGAACCUAUAGGAUGCCGUUUGCAUGGACUGCGAAGCCGUUAUUUAAAUUAUACAGCAACGAUUUGGAUACAACUCCCGAAUUUCCCGCCAUUUACCGUCAAGAGCCGAACAAAAUGUCCGACGAUGAUUUGCUAAAGAUCCUGUCAGAUUUCCGGAAGCCGGAAAAGUUGGGAAAGUUGAGUACAAUACCGGGUUGGCUCAAUAUCAACAUUUCGCAUAGCAACGAACAAAUACCAAACUGUAUGACAACAGCAUACGCGGCACUCAAGCCAUUUCCACUGCCACCUACCUCGCCACUCACCCUGGAACUAGCCACACUCAACAUAGAACCAGAACAGCCGUAUGCGGCCUUCAUACACCACUUGUACGUCAGGCCUCUGUCGCUGAACUUUGAGUCGCAGAAAAUGUUCGCUCGAGCGAGAAAUAUCGCGUGUUCUAUUGAGUUGAGGGAGAGUGAUACGGGCGACAAUAAGCCCUUACAGGUGGUAUACGGGCGAGCCGGCAUGACAACGCAGUACCGAUGUUCAGUGCUGCACCACAACGCCAACCCCUCAUGGAGCGACGAAGCCAAGAUCCGCCUACCGACCACCAUCACCCCAAACCACCAUCUGCUGUUCACAUUCUACCACAUAUCGUGCGACUUGACUAAGAAGAAUGACGCUAAUGUUGAGACAUGCAUUGGAUACGCGUGGGUGCCCUUAUUGAAGAACAACAAGUUUGUGGACGAGAUCGUGAAUUUGUCUAUAGCCACGCAUUUGCCAUCGGGCUAUCUGUCCAUCCAACCACUCGGACUUGGUAAAGGGAACGCAGGCCCCGAAGUAAUCUGGGUGGAAGGCGAAAAGCAACUCUUCCGCUGCCAACUGGUCCUAGACUCCACCGUAGCAACCCGUGACACCCACCUACACAACCUGUUCGUGCAAGCGGAGCGACUGAUCAAAACCAACUCGCCGGCGACCUCGCCGUCGCCUCCGCCCUGGAAUGACGUCUGCAAUGCUUUGAAAGCCGCGCAUGCGAUCAAACUGAGUGCGUUAGUGGCGUUCUUGCCGACGAUAUUGAACCAGCUGUUUGAAUUGAUGACGGUAGAAAAAAGCUACACACAAGAUAUGGGCUAUCAAAUCGUGAAGUUGAUAGUGCAUUUUGUGCAUAUGGUUCACGAUUAUGGACGGAAAGAUUUACUGGAUAGCUAUGUCAAAUACGUGUUCAACUGCGUCGAGUUCAAACUGCACACAGUAUUGACGGCUCCACUGCACAUGUUCGUGGACCCGAACCAGCAAGACUUCCUACUUGGGCACAAGUUCAUGCAGUACUCCAGCUUCUUCUUCGAUAUUAUCAUCAAAAGCAUGGCGCAAUAUCUUAUUAACACUGGAAGGAUUAAGAUGUCUCGAAACGAAAGAUUUCACGCUGAUCUCUUGGACAACAUUGAAAAAUUGGUCACAACCGUUGAGCCGUCAUACAUUCUACAACAGCCCUUGCAGACUCACAUAUUUAACAAAAAUCUUGCCUUAUUUCUUAAGUCUUGCCUGUCGUUUAUGGAUCGUGGCUUCGUAUUCCGCCAAGUCAAAAGAUACCUAGACAAGUUCAAAGCGUGCGAGCCUAAAGCGCUGUUCGAGUUUAAAUUCACGUUCCUCCAAACGAUAUGUUCGCACGAACACUAUGUGCCAUUCAACUUGCCAUUGCACUCAAACAAGCUGGGAAAAGAUAUGGAUGAAGACCCAGCAAAGUUAAAACUCUCGGAAGAAUUUAUUAUGAGGCAUUUUCUGUCAGGAGUAUUACUCAAACAAGUGGAGCAAUCCCUCCGAGAGGCGCCUCAAAAACGGCGCACGGCCCUGGGCGUGCUUCGCGCCCUACUCACCAAGCACGAACACGACGAUCGCUACCGAUCGCGGCAGUGCCGCGCACGCCUCGCGCAGCUCUACGCGCCCUGGCUCACUGUCGUGCGAGACAACGCCCACCGCCUAGUAACCAAAACUCUAGCCAGUCCAGUAUUAGAAAAUGGCCAUGACAAAGUCGAUGGAGACGCGACCGUCAACCCAAUCAUCAACAAUACGAAUAAAGACGUUGCGUCUGCAAAUAGCACGCCCCGAAGAAACCGGCUCACUCUACACUUUGACCACACGCCAGUAAGGAAUUCUGCACAUUUCAAAGAUCCGCCGGUCGUGCAAAUUAACAGUUACGGCAAAGAUAACGCAAACAAUGCGUCACAAAGCUCUCUAGAGUCCGUGUCGACCAUGUCGGGCGGAGACUCGCUCCCCAGGAACGCCGGCCGGUUGGACUUGAGCGAUAUCGGGGAUCAAGUCAAUAGAUUUGGUGUGAUGUCCGCGGAGGAGGUGCGCGAUGUGCUUUUGUGUUUCCUGUUUGUGUUGAAGUACCUAGACGAGGAAAGGCUCGUGGAGUGGUGGAAGACGCAUACCACGGCGCAGCAGCAAGCGUUUUUCAAUGUUUUAGAAAUAUGCGCAGAACAAUUCCAGUACAUCGGCCGCAAGCGCAUCCUGUCCGAACUAAAGGCGAGCACGCCCGACUGCAACGGCAAGCAGAAGCCGCUCAAAGCUAGAACGUUGCCGGCUAGGAUGAGCCCACCGGACUUCUCGAAGGAACCGCCUAUUAUCGUCGAGAAGAAUAAUACCGUGAAUAGGGAGAAUCUCGCUACUGCGACCGUUACCUCUGAGUUAGAAACCAUAGCAGAUCACGCCGUAGUAUCCGCCGGCUGCCUAGCCACCGAGGUCGGCCUCACCAUAAUAGACCGCACCUGUCUCUUCACGAAGAACCUGGGCGCGGCCGAAGGGGCCGCGGCCCGGCCUUAUCUCAGGCUACUGCAGUUCCCUCAGAGCGAAACGCUUUAUAAGCACCUGUUUGCUGCCCUGAGGGCUUAUAUCAAUCAAUUCUCGGAGACGUUGUUUGAAGGUGGCAGCACAUUAUGCGCGGGCGUUGUAAGCGCCGUAGUGAGGCUGUGCGAGGCGCGUGCGGCGUGGCUGCGGCGCGAGGCAGCGGCCGCGCUGUACCUGCUCAUGCGGGCCAACUACCAGCACGGCGGCGGCGGCAGUCUCACCCGCGUACACUUACAGGUCAUCAUAGCAGUCUCUAAGCUACUCGAUACAUCGACGGCUCUCAACUGCAAACGUUUUCAAGAAUCUUUGUCUGUGAUAAAUUGUUUCGCCACCGGCGACAAGGCGAUGAAGGGGACAGGGUUGUCAACGGAGGUGGCGGAGUUGAUGCGCCGCGUGCGCACCGUGGUCGGGGCGCGGGCCAGACUCGCUGGCGUCGGCGGCAGUGGAGGCGCGGCGGGAGCGGGCAGUGUGCAUUUAGCGGAGCUACAGCAUGCGCUUGCAGCGUCUUGCCGCGCGACGCCGCGCUUGCGGCACGCAUGGCUGGCCACACUGGCUGAACACAACGCAAGGCAGGGCGACCAUGAUGAGGCUAUGUGCUGUCAACUUCACAUCGCAGCACUGAUAUCCGAAUACCUGAAGCUGCGUGGAAACCUCGCGUGGGGCGCUGACGCCUUCGCCGAGAUCUCCAUGAAUAUCCCCAAAGACGAGACCGGGCUCAAAAUAGACGAAGGUAUGACCGACGUCCAAUACAACGAACAGGCUCUUCUGGAUCAGCUGAUGAUCUGCACAGAAUUCGUCGACAAGGCGGAGAGGUACGAACUCCUCGGGCCCCUCUACCGGCUCGUCAUCCCCAUCUACGAACGGAGGAAGGACUACCAAGCUCUCCUCACAUGCUACCAGCACCUCACCAAAGCUUAUGCCAAAGUUAUAGAAGUCACGAACUCAGGAAAACGAAUGCUCGGAAGGUUCUACCGGGUGGCGUUCUUCGGCAAGGCCCACUUUGGCGAAGACGAAGAAGGAGUGGAGUUUAUAUAUAAGGAACCGAAACUGACCUCACUGAGCGAGAUAUCGGAGAAGUUGCAAACUUACUACGAACACAAGUACGGGGCGGAAAAUGUCAAGAUGAUUAUGGACUCAGCGCCGGUAAACCGAUCGGAACUGGACAGCAAACUAGCGUACAUCCAAGUGACGUGGGUGCGCGCGGCGCCCUCGGGCGUGGCGUUGGGCGCGAGCAGCGGCGAGAGCUUCGAGCGCGCGCACAACGUCCGGCGCUUCGUGUUCGAGACGCCCUUCACCAGGGACGGCGCCGCCAGGGGACCCGUGCACCACCAGCGGCUGAGGCUCACCAAGCUUACCGCUGAAAAUUGGUUCCCGUACGUGAAACGGCGCGUGCCCGUGAUCGAGACGCAGGUGGAAGAGAAGAGUCCCAUCGAGGUGGCGGUCUCCGAGAUGGAGGGCCAGGUGCUCGAGCUGACGGAGAUCGUCAACGCCAAGUCGCCGGAUAUCAAGAAGUUGCAACUCAGAUUGCAAGGCAGUGUGUGCGUGCAAGUUAACGCUGGUCCGAUAGCUUAUGCCAACGCAUUCCUUGAUCCCACAUUGGCUCCCAUGUAUCCAGACGAUUUAGUCGACAAACUCAAAGGCACUUUCAAGGAAUUCCUGACAGUCUGUCACGCAGCCCUCCAGCUGAACGCAAAGCUCAUCAGCUCCGACCAAGUCUCGUAUCACGAGGCUUUAGAAGCCAACUACUUGAAACUUAGCGACUCUCUUGCCGCUGUACUGGGACAGCCGCUACACGAUAUACUCGUCAACGGAAACCUUAGUACCACUGUCACUGGUGUCGAAUUGGAUUCCAGCAAUGCCUAAAAAAUACAUUUGAAUCUUUAACCUUUUGACCGCCCCAGACGGCUGUGGCCGUCAUCGGAAACUCGUCCCAAGGACGACUACAGCCGACAGCUUCGGCAAUGCAAUAGGGACUUACGCGAGACUCCGUAAAGUUCAAUUUCGCUUAAAUAUUCGCGAUCGCAUGGCCUCCGGGGCUCAGCAUAUUCCUUCACCGUCUGGCGUUCAAAAGGUUAACCCUUUGGGUGCCAUCGGAAACCUUGUCGGAAUCCACGAAGGUUGAUAUUGGGCACUGACGGUUGACGUCUUUGGUGGUCAAAUGAUUAUGGUUUCAAAAGGAGUGAUGAAAUAAUUAUUGAAUGUUGUUUAACACAUUCAUUGCCACCCAGCCAAACAAGACGUCCGCGCCAGGCAACAACAAUUUCGCCAUAUAAAGCAGUAGUACCACGAUCCCGAUCUAUCGGGUCGUCCGGCCUGGGAACGAAAUCAUAAAAUAUCCGAUAGUCGGGUUUUCGGCACUGAAUGUGUUAGAUUAGGCAGCGAAAAUCAAGGUAAGGGAGUGAGAUGUUAGAUAUAAGUGACAAAUGCUGGUGGUGAUCUGGUCAGGAUAUUUAGUUAAAAUUUUAUAUAGACUUUCGAGUUUUAAUGGUAAUGUUUCGGGUGAUUAUAGUCGAAAUUAUAUUUAAUAUUCUUAUAACUAUUAUUUAUUCUAGAUAUGGAUAAUCAAGCCCCUCUUAGUUAGCGAUACUCUAUGUACUUCGAACAAAAUUUUAUUCUAGAUUCUAGGUGUAAAUGGACAUUUAUAUUCUAGAUAUUGUUUUGCAAUUUAUUUCGUGUUACGUAUGUCCACCGUGUUAGUUUGCACUUAUAUUUAUUUAUUUACCAAAAAUAAUAUAAAUGACCUGCUCAUAUAAUCAACCUCAUAUAUAGUCAAUUAAAAAUUCCAUCCUUUAUCCCGUAAUUGACGCCAUAAAUAAAACUUUAGCAUUUUUGCUACAAAAAGUUAAUAUAAUGACAAUCUUGACCACAGAAGUUGCAGUCUUUUCAUUAGGCUAGGCUAGUACAUUAUGAAAGCUAGCCCGCAGUGCUAGCAAUAAUAUUUCAAUAAGUGCCAUUAGUCCAUUUUAUAGUCAUAAAAUCCAAACUUGAACACAAACGAAAUACACGCAUUUCAUACUUUUAAAAUGGGGCUGAGCCCUGAAGUGAUUAUCACAGCUAGGUACGUCCGUAGUUAGUAAUUUUGUAUAUGUCCCUAUCUUAGUAAAUCUGUACGGAUAUGAUGGUCGGAGUUGUCCUCGUGAUAGCGAUAAUGAUGGCGUUUGCCUUUUUCUAUCUAACGGUGUUAAAAAGUGACAGUUGCUUUUCCACGUGGAUGACAGCGUCCAUCAUAGGUCUGCUGGAGGCAGUAUGGAAGAGUUACAAUGUCCCUAGAUACAUUUCUGCUGUCGCUGGCAAACUUUAUGCCAAAGAAACACACGUCAAUAUUUUAUCCGAACCUGAAUAACACUCUGAAUUGUCAAGUACCGUACUUACAAUGCAAUCCCAUAUAUCUACAUAGGUUUGAUAACAGCUGAACUAUAACUUAAGAUGAAAUUCAAACGGAAAAUGUUGUACUCUGUAGUGAGAGAAUAUGCAAUAGGUACACAGGAAUGACGAUGAUUUUUAAUAUCCUAGAAGCGUCUUUUCGCUCUAAAUACUGCUAUGUAAGCUCAAAAUGAUCAGACUGAAUAUUACUUCCGAAGAAGACAUGUCAAUAUUUCUAACACUACGACUCUUUUCCACAUUUUUGAAUAACGGCUACGUCUUAUAUCUGUAGGUAGCUACAGAGUACAGUAGGUACUGUAGCAAAAUAUGGAUGUAAUUUAACUACAAAAUAUAUGUAACGACGAUUUUAUAACAGCGUAAUACUUAUAAAAACAGUGUGAUAAUGAUAAUAUAUCCAGAUUGUAAUAGUUCUUUUUUUUUUAAUAUUGUCAGGCCUGGCUCACUCCGCGAUUUCGUCGCGUCGUAACAAGUAGCUACAAGUACAUCCGUUCCACUCCAAUUUUGGUGGCUAGCCAUAGGCCGCGCGUGGCGCUGUCGCCACCUAGCGGUCAUAUCUGUCCUAAUCGUAACAGACGCGUUUUGUUAGAGAGUGAGUCUUCUGUACUUACCUAGUACUAUUAUUUAUUCUGUGAUCUUGUAAAAAUUUCCUCUUGUUUAAACGAUCAAUCAAAAUAUAAGAGUUAUAGAGCCAGUAAGUGAUUGGCAGAUGGUUUUAAUAAAUUUUCAACCUUGACUCAAAUCAAAUAAAGACUACAUUUAAAUCACGCUGCCGAAUAGCACGAUGCUUGUAAUAUUGACAUUAUAAUUAUUGUAAUAAGGUAGAAAAUCAUCUGUCAAUCACAGGUAAACACAUUGCAGUGGGUAGGUGGUAUUUUGCGACACGUUAUUAUAUUAUGGACUUAAUUUUAAACAAAGAUUUAUGCAUGUUUAAUUUAUUUUGUUAGUAACUUAAGGCUGAAUUCAUUUAUUUCUGUCUACAUAACUCAUUGAACAAAUAGUAAUUAUUUCUAUGUUUCUAGAAUAUAAUAUAUUAUUAUUUCCUUUUUUUGUAACAAUAUCCUAUUCAAGAUUUAUAUGAAUAAAUCUUUCACAUAGUGAGAUGAAGAAUGUUAUGUUGUAUAUAUGUGACUGAUUUUCUCACUUUAUCACUACUGUUCAUUCCAUAGUAUAUAUAUGUUGUUUUUGUUCAUUAUUACGAGAAGUCAUUAAUAUAGUGAAAGGAAUCACCUUAGAUUUUUGCAGAUCGUAUUUAUUACAAUUGAACAAUGUAUUGAUUUAUUUUAUAGCAAUAAUCCCUCCGCGUCAUGCGUACACGCAUCCCAUUAAAUUAUUACUAUUAAAUAAGAUUAUCUUGUCAUUAUUACUUGUAACAAUUUAUGCACAAACUAUUGUAUCUUCCUAUAAAAAUAAUCAGAAUUUUACUGUUUUAAUACAUUUUAUAAAACCAAAAA